AUGGCGGGCAUGCAGCAUUACAAGAUGGCGCUGGAUCCGGCGAUCAUCCGGCUGAACAGAGCAGACAUGACAAACAACCGCUACAAGUACUUCCGAUGGACGCCGCGGACAGCCUGGAUCACAUUCGUAUACGUCGGACUUGUACCGGCGCUCUUCGGGAUUGUGGCCUACUCUACAGACGGGAAAUACGAUCUACGAGCGAAGCGAAGGGGCGACGAUAUCCGGGAGUUUUAG